AUGCGCCGUGCAGUGGAGCUGGAUCCAGACAGGGCAGAUGCUUGGCUCUUCCUUGCAGAGACAAGCUACCGUGCUGGAGACUAUGAGACGAGUUUUGCUGCCUUCGACCGGGUUUGCGAACUGGCCCCAGAAAGCUUGGCAGCGCAGCAGGCCGAAGUCGAUCGCCGACUGCUGAGCCGGAACCUUCGCUGCGUCCUCAUGACCAGGAACAUUUGGAGCCAGGAAGUGGCUGAAAGCUUUGUCAGCCAGGAGCCCGCUCAGCACACGACCUGCCUGCCCCGCGUCUGGGAUGAUGUGCUCAAGCCUGAACUCUUGGAGCUCUUGCAUCGGAGUGUGGAUGACAUUUGCACUUGGCGGAUCAAGAGCCCGCGGAAGCCUGCAUUGGGUUUGUUGGGUCAGCUUCAGGAUCGAGCUUGA